GUGGAGCGCGGCGGCGAUAGAGCGCGACGAAAUAUGAGCGCACGAGUGCUGAACCCGGCGAUGAUGACGGAAAUAAGCAGGAACCUAGGCAGCGGUGGGGGAGGCGGACGUGCGGUCCCGAGCAGGGCCGCACUCGCACGCGUGCGGCGCGAUCUCUUUGGGCCCGUGGACCACGCGGCGGCGCGGGCACUCGCGGAGCGCGAGCUGCGCGCCCAAUCGCGGAUCGACGCCGAGCGUUGGGGCUUCGACUUUCACAAGGAGAUACCGCGCGCGAACUCGCGCUACGAAUGGGAGCUGGUGACCGAGUUAGACGUCGUGCCGGAGCCCUACGCCCUCCGUGGCAUGCCCUACCUGAGGGAACACGCGCCCGGAACGCCGCGCAAGCUUCCGCGUCACGACGACCCGUCGACAACGACGACGGCAACAACGGCCGUCGCUGCGACAUCGUCGAAAACGAUAACCGCGACGACAAUGAUAACGACGUCGCUGGCGACGAUGAUGGCCACCGCGGCGGCCACGCGAAUCGUCGAGCAAAUGGAAACGACGGGCGCCACGCCGACGGCCGAGAGAACGCCACCGCAGGAGCACAGGGUGCCCGAGAUUGGUAACGCCAUGACACCAGCGAGCCAGGUCUCGGCCACAAACGCCAAGAGGAAGAGGUGUGCGAUGGAGCCCACCACCCCCGUUCUACCCCCUGCUGCGAGGAAACAGUCUGCCAUCACUGACUACAUGAAGAGUCGUAAACGUGGGUUGAACGGCACCACAAAGAGCAUGAUAGAGCCGCCGGAGAAGAUCGCCCGCAACGCGGGUCAAAUACGCAGCUAAAGCCUUCAGCUUUCUUGUUCAAGACGGCCUCGCCGUCUUCUUCCACCUCGUUCGUGCACGAUAUGAGAUAGUACCGGAAGUGGGAAACUGUACCGUCAAGAGCAGCAACCGCCGGGAAGAGAGAAGAGGGCCUAGGACUCCGAGACGGAAGGCGCGAGGUCCGCGUUGGCUGUGCCAUUCACAUAGUUUUAUCCUCCACGAGCGCAGGCGAAACAGAUCGAGACAGAUGAAUUGAAAAAGAAAAAAAAUGAAAAAAAAAAUGGGAAAGAUGAAGGAAGUUGCGUCGUUCUCCAUCACGUAUAUCUUCGUUCGUGAUACCGCUCUGCAAUAUCGUGAAGAUUGCGAGCGGCAAUAAUAGCAAUAACCGAGAAAAGACGCGAGACGCGAGGGAGACCGAUGAGAUAGAAAGAGGGCGAGAGGAAAGAUGCUUCGCGGAGGAAGAGAAGGUACGACACUCUCGUCGCUAUUUUUUUAUGAUACAUGUCACGUCUUUUGUAUUAGGAUAGACAGAAUAAGUAAGACUAUAAGGAGAAUAUAUAUAUAUAUAAAAAUUAGAUUGUAGAUAAAAUAAUGACUUGUGUCCAAAUUAAUUAAUGUAAUAUAUUCUUUGUUUGUUUCAUGGAGCAUUCAUAGAAAAAUGUUUAAAUCAUGUCGUUACACAAACACGUUAUUAGAAAGAGAGAUAGGAAAGAAGGGAAGAGAGCUAUACGAAAUACACGCGUAAGUUUAGGCUAUUCAUAGGGAUUAAAUAAUUAGAUUCUAAGUUAUAGAUCAGAGUAUAUCGCGCGUAUUCAUUGGAUUUAGUCGGGAAGAGAUGCUUGAGCUGGUCGGAUUUUUGGGACUCGCGACUGCAACGUUCAAGUCUCCCCGAGUACUCGGCGACGAGAGUCUUCCUUGCUCGAUUAUUCGUGGAGGUUUUAAAAUUUUUAUCGAGUCUUUCUAAUAAAUAUUGCGCCAGUUUCGACAUCGCAUCCUUGAAACGCGCGCGAUAUCAAAGUUGCCUCGAAUUUUGAAAAUUGUAAAAUUUCGCAGAUUCAUGUUUGGAACUCGGUGUUUUACGAAAAUGUUUACGCGAAAGAACAGUUGCGAUUUCGUGGCCAUCCGAUACGACCAGCUUCAAGGAAGAAGAGAUGAUCUAGCUGUAGUUUGUUACCCAAGUUUAAGCAUUGAUCUCCUGUACGAUUUUAAGAAAGUACAGCCGAUGCCAAAUCAUCCCGCGAUUUUUUCUUCUUUACCUUUGAAAAAAAGAAGUCCAUCAUAUCCUUUCUCCUUUUCCCUUCUUCAUCUCAUAUCGCGUUUGUUUCCGGCAGAUAAUAGUGUGAGAGACACGUGAUUGUCGUAAAGUCUGCAACUUUUACGGAGAAAACGUACUUUGAUCUACUUUUUCAUAUUAUUCCCUUUUUUACCGUACGAAUCCAGAUUCCGAACUUUCUUGAAGGAAAUAUUGAAAGUCUUAUGUUUUCCGAAUAAAUUGUUCCGAUAUUUACUUGAAAACUGAUUUAAACAAUUAUCCAUUGUUUUAUAAUUUGAUUCGAAUAAAAUUACGUAAUAAUCUAUAUAAAAAUUUAUGACUGAACAAUUAAGUUUCAUUAAACACAGACUAAAUAAUAACCUUUUUAGAAUUUAACUUCCUCUAAUCUUAAAACCUUGAACAUUGCGGUAACAAAAAAACAUUUGCAAAUCCCGACGAUAUCUCCAACAAGAAUGCUAAAUUAAUUACAUUGGCAUUAACUUUUUGUUAGUCAUCCUAAUACAACAGUAUGUGUAUAUACUACCUCAAAGAAAUAAAUGUUUCUUUCAUGAUAGUAUAUAAAUUAAAAAAACUACAUAUAACAAAAAUAAAAUUUUAUGUUGCUAAUUUUAGAGAAGUUGCAUUUUCGUAAUCGUCGAUUACGAAAGAGAACGAUUUCCUAUGACGGACUUUCUAUCGAGACUAAGCGAAUUGAGCGUUUUGCAGGACGAUUUCAGUGCAAAUUGUGAAGCGAGUGUUUGCUUCGUCGCGAGAAUAAAUCGAUAAAGCGUAAUAUUAGCGUAAUAUUAUCUAAUUGUAUAUUUUUAAUCGAGUUUUAUAAUGGUAGCUGUUUAUCAUACAUGUCUUUCUGUUUAUUAAUACCUCGUUGAGAAGUGGUCCUCGUAAAAUACCCCAUCAUAACUUGCUCCCUCUGAUAUUUUUCCUUUUUGAGAUUAUAAUCCAAAAAUACGACUGGUGGUUACAAGCUAUUUUUUCAAGCUUGCUAGUAACAUCGAGCAUAAGAAAGAGAUUUGCAUCAAAAGAUGGAAAUCAAGAGCUUGAAGAUAUAUCAAAAUUUUUCUCUGUGUGAAAGAAAAAUUUCAUAAAGUUUCUGCGACAACUGAAUUAGUUGGACGAUCAUUGAGUUUGCUCGUGCGAAUCGCGUGUUCGUGACAGAUCUGGCACCUCGUGAUUUCGAUGCAGCACAAUCGUUGAAAAAAAAGCGUAUUUAAUUCGCCAGUGGUACGAUUGUACGGUUGUAAGGAUAUGAUGAGCUUUCAUCACUAAAAAUGGGCGAGGAUACUUCGUAGUGGUGAACCUGGUUAGUUUCAUUUCUCCACUCUCACGGUGUCUACGAAACAAUUGCUCUCUCCAUUGCCUUAAUUGUACAUUCAAAUUGAAUAAAAUGGCGAAAAGAUCUCGUGUACCACUGCCGGAUUAAAACGGAAAAAAAGAUCCAGAAAUUUUGGAAUCUCGUGAGAUCUGAGAAAGUCGCGAUGCAUGGUGCCUGCCGUGGAGAAAACUCGGAAAAAAGUAGCAAAAAUAGAAAAAUCUUACGUCUAUGUAACCCUGUGAUGUAUUAGUAUGAUCUCAGUAAAAUAACUUAGCGUGUACUUCUUAUCUAUGAUAAUUAGGUUGUAUGAUUAAAGAUUAUUUCAAUUUGAAAUUGAAAUUUUAGUUCGAUUUUUGGCGACAAUUGGAAAUCACGGAUGAAAUUCGACAAUUCGUAGUACCAGAUGCGUCGUGUGCGUGUGAUGUGUGUAUGUGUGUCUGUAUGCGAGCGUGUGUUUUGCAGAAUGUAAGAUGAAAUGAGAGAAGAAGGAAGCAAAGAAAGAACCCAGUGAAUCAUGCCUCAUUUUCAUUCGAUACUCGGCGACAUAAAAUUUUGUAUGUGUAACGACAAUAUAUAUUAUAUAUAUUAUGUAUAAUUAUAUAAACCGUAAGAGAGUAACUAUAUAUAAGAGAGUCUAAAAAACUAACUAACUAACGUAAGUGAAAAUUGUGUCCCUAUUGUUUAUUAAAAAAAGAUUAUCUAUAAAA